UCAUCGCUAAUCCCCACCGACCACAAUCCAAUUUGGCAUGCAUAUCCCGGAAACAUGCCUUAAAUGCUUAUUUGAUGUUCCUUCCUUCAGCGCGAGACCAACAAGCAAACCAUCAAAGCUUUUCGAAGAACGAUUUCUGGGUUUCGUAGUAGUAGUGGUCGUCGUUCACAAUGGAUCAUGCAAGCGAGGCUUUCCGGACUGAUCUGAUGACAAUCACUCGUUUCGUCCUCAACGAGCAGUCUAAGUUUCCCGAGUCACGCGGUGACUUAACUAUCUUGCUCAAUCACAUUGUUCUCGGCUGCAAAUUCGUCUGCAAUGCUGUCAGCAAGGCAGGUCUUGCUAAACUGAUUGGGCUAGCCGGGGAGACUAAUGUUCAGGGUGAAGAGCAGAAGAAAUUGGAUGUGCUUUCAAAUGAAGUUUUCAUUAAGGCUUUGGUCAGCAGUGGACGCACGUGCAUACUUGUCUCUGAGGAAGAUGAAGAAGCUACUUUUGUGGAGGUAUCGAAGCGAGGAAGAUACAUUGUUGUUUUUGACCCAUUGGAUGGAUCCUCAAACAUUGACUGUGGUGUUUCCAUUGGAACUAUAUUCGGGAUUUACACGGUGAAAAACACUGACAAUCCAACUUUGGAGGAUGUGUUGAAACCUGGGAGCCAUAUGACAGCUGCUGGGUAUUGCAUGUAUGGAAGUUCUUGCACGCUGGUUUUUAGUACUGGAAGUGGUGUCAAUGGCUUCACUCUUGAUCCAUCGCUUGGGGAAUUCAUAUUAACCCAUCCUGACAUCAAGAUUCCAAAGAAAGGAAAGAUUUAUUCAGUAAAUGAAGGAAAUGCCAAAAACUGGGAUGAACCAACCGCUAAGUACGUGGAAAAUUGUAAAUUUCCAAAAGAUGGUUCAUCGUCGAAGUCCCUUAGGUACAUUGGAAGCAUGGUUGCUGAUGUUCACCGGACAUUGCUUUAUGGUGGUAUCUUUUUAUAUCCUGCUGAUAAAAAGAGCCCAAAUGGCAAGCUACGUGUUCUGUAUGAAGUCUUCCCAAUGUCAUACUUGAUGGAGCAAGCAGGAGGUCAAGCAUUUACCGGCAAGCAAAGGGCACUGGACCUGGUCCCACAGAAGAUACAUGAACGUUCACCUGUAUUCCUUGGUAGCUAUGAUGAUGUAGAGGAAAUUAAGGCACUCUAUGCUGCUGCUGCCGAGACAAAAGCCGCAUGAACCUGUGGAUCUCAAAAUAACCAUAAAUGUUCAUUAAUGCAUUGUUUGAUUAGUGAUUUCUUCAAAUUGGCUAUAGUUUCCUGUAUUUGAUCAAUACAGUCACCGGAGAAAACUUCUGGUCUAUCCUCAAAAGCAAACCAGAAGAAAACUACCAAUGGUUUAGGUGUAUUAACUCUGGAUAAUUAAAUAAUACUGCCCUGUAUCAAUUUCUUA